AUGGCAGCUUCUAUGGUCUCUGUCAGUACACAUUGCCUCUUCAUAUCUCUGAGUGGACCCCCGCGUUCUGUCAGGGAUCCUAUUGCCGUUAUAAUAGCCGGGGCUGGCGAUGUCUCCUCAUCGUACGUCGCGGUUGAGAGACUAGUGGCACCCUUCUGCCGAAUUGCCUUGUUUGAUCGGUCUGGACUUGGCCGCAGCGAAAAUGGACCCCAGAGGCAUACGGCUACCGUUGCAGCCACUGAAUUACAUGCACUCCUGAGUGAAGCACAGGUUAACCCCCCACUUAUACUAGUUGGUCACUCAUACGGCGGCAUAGUCGCUCGUGAGUAUCUCCACCUAUACCCAGGUGACGUGGCUGGCAUGGUUCUUUCAGACGCUGCGACAGAGAAAUCAAACCAUUACUUCAAAGUGCCCGAUCCAAACAUUGAUGCGGUGAUGGGGUCUCUCAAGUACUCGCUGAUUACUGGAUUGAGGAGUGACUCGGUACUGUCUCGGGAUGAAUGGAGAACACGGGCUGCGGACAUAGCCAGGGGCGCGGAAGCCGCCCAAGCUGAGGCAGCUGCGUUUAUAGAAGUGUGUGAGACACUAGGGCAAAAGGAACAAUAUACAAAUUGUGUGAUGGGUGCCAAACCCUUGAGCGUGAUUCGAUGUAACAGUUCAAGAGACUAUGAACGUAUUUACGAGAAGGGCAUCGAGGCGGGAAACGGUACGCAGGAGCAGCAACGGGCAUUUCGACAGCUCUUAGAUCAAUGGGAUGAUAUUGAUCGUUUUCUAAAAGAAGAACAACUUCAGCUAUCAUCAAAAAGCCGUCUAGUACAUGUUCCUGACUGUGGGCAUCACAUACAUCUUGUUCGACCAGAUGUUGUCGCACAAGAAAUCCAGUGGGUCAGGGACAUGAUCUUAAUGGAGUCCCAGCUCUAA